CCCUCCAGGACUCAGGUUGCAACCCCUGCCUGUUCUAAAUUGAGAUCUAAUCCAACUAGGUACCAGCUCUGGUCAGGCUUCAGCCAUUUUCAACCUGUGGCAUAACAUCCACAAGUCUGUUUCUGGUACAGUCCCAGAGAUGGUGCAGCAACAGGAGAUCAUGUUCAGAUUGACCCUGUACAGGGCCCUGUGUGUGACCUGCCCCCAUCACUGCGCCCUUCUGUGCAUUUGCCUCCUGUGCGCUCCUCUGGUCAGCAGGGGCCUGCUGUGCAACUUCUGCCCCGUGCAGCCCAAAAGGCAGAGACCAAACGCCACCGCCACCACGGAGUGCGGGCCUCGGGACCGCUGCUAUUCGGGCCGGGCGUUUUUUGGAAGCGUCCACUUCCUGUCGGCCCAAGGGUGCGUGUCGCGGGAGCUGUGCGGCACCGUGCAGCCCGUCACAUUCAUGAACGCCACCUACCCCAUGAACUACACCUGCUGCUGCCGGGACCGGUGCAACCUGUGGCCCAGGCAGUACAGCACCCUGCUUGGAAUGAUGCCAGGCUCCCAGGGGGGCGUUGCCAUGAAUGUCACAGUGGAUGACAUCACUGUAGACGACUGCCCAGAGGACAAUCGUUUACAGGAACACUCAAACAACACUGGAGUGGGUCCAGGUUUAAAGGUCCUGUCUGCUCAAUUGACCAAUGCAGACUGAAAGAACAUUUUACCAAAGUGUUGGUUGCCAUUAACUGUGUGGGGAGGGAAGGUCAUGCGAGAGGAGUACCCUUUUUUAGAAGAGAGGGAAAGGACUUCAAUGACCCAGAAGAGAACGGUGUAGACAUACCGUUCUCCUGGACGCAAGGUAUUCUGUGAUCUCCCUUGCUUCUUCAUAAUUGACCAGUGCUGACAUCUUCAACUUGUGAAUUGGAAAUGUAGCCAAUAAAAUAUUUUUUUCAAUCCA